AUGAUGGAUACUCCAAGAAGCAAGGAGGCCCUAACGAAGCUCUGUAGCUUCCUCUCCAGUGAUCCUGGUUCUGCAAGAGAGAAGGACGUACUAGGCAACCUCUUCUCAUCGUCUCCUGAAACGCAUUUUCGGGGUGUGGAAGUGGAAGUGGCCUUUCUGCGGGCCCCUGCGGCUCACCGCGUUCCUCUUUAUUUUACACUUCCGCAGGAGGUGCUGCCAGGGACGAUAUGCGUGGUUACCCCUCCACCUCAGCGCAAGUACAAGGACAAGGUUUUACGCCUGAGUGAGGACGGCAAUGCUGUUGCGCAACGCGUGAAGAAGGUCAUUGACACACAAAAACUCGCCAUGAAGUUUGUUGACCCCGUAACUGUGAGAGCCCUUGCCAACAGCUUUGACCACUUUGUUCUGAUUGGUGUCAAGAAGUACCCUUUCCAGCUUACGGGGGAAUUUCUUGGUCACCAAAAGCCACCGGUUUGGAUGCCGCUUCGCGGGGGGCUAAAGGAGACAUUACUCAGGGCAGUGAAAACGGUGGUGUUUCAACGACGCGGGAACAGCGCCAUAACAUGCAGUAUAGGUCACACGGGCCUUUCACUGGAACAACUCCAUGACAACCUCCAGUCGCUUCUUGCCCAGAUGACUAGUCAUGUGCAGGCAAUAACUCCGCAGGAUAUACUCCACAUUCGCGUGGCUGGAACAAAUGCUGAAGGCCGGCGUGCAGGUCUUCCCAUCUUUGCCCAUACGUUUCAGAUUCCACGUGAAAUGCCACGGGAUUGCAGUGAGGAGCCAAAAACAAAGAAACUGAAGGAAUGCAAAUAA